AUGUCUUCCUCAUCCCAACCAAGCGCUCUUCCAGCGUUCUCGCUCAACAUCGCCCCCCUCCGCUCCUACCUCUACCGUCUCCCGCUCUUCACGCGCGCCGUGCUACUCAUCAUCGUCGCAUUUUGGCUCCUCGAAUUACAGUCUGUAUGGGAUGUGGUUCAAUGGGGUGCUUUGAUUCCGGAUGAGAUUAGCAUUGCUACUUUGUAUCGAACGAAUACGUACCCCGUCAUACAUAAUGGAUUCUUUCAUAUGUUGUUGAAUGCCGUGGCGUUGACGCCCUUGAUGGAGAGGUUCGAGGCUGAGCAUGGCACUUUGACGGCGCUUUUGUUGUUUGUUGGACCACUCUCGACGUUUCCCGCAGCGAUAUAUGUACUUAUUGAGAAAUACAUCCUCUACAGCAACACGGCCGUUGUCGGCGCAAGUGUCUGGGUCUUUUUAUUGCUCGCCUCCGAAUCCAUCAAGACCUUCCGCACCAAUCCUUACUUUCAGGUUGGUACUCUCAAAGUUCCUACUUGGACUACGCCGCUUUUUGUAUCGUUUGUUGUCGCCGUGCUGCUUUCGAACACGAGCUUUUUGGGACAUAUCUGUGGUAUGAUUUUUGGGUAUUUACUUGGACUAGGAUACCUCAAAGUGUUCGUGCCUCCCGAGAAAAUCCUUCGUUUUCUCGAAGGGAAGUUGAACCUCCUCGGACGACUGCCUCACUACGUCUCCGUCGACCAAAAGACGCACGGACGAUACGGUGUCCUCCCGACGACAUCCUCUGGAGAAUCCGGUGUUGCGAUGAGCAGUUAUAUUGGCUCAUCGCAGCGAUUGGGACCGUAA